AUUUCGGAGGUUUAAAGAUCCAUAAACCCUUUUAAAGCCCUAAAUCUUGAUUUCUAAACCUGUAAUACAGUUCUUUCCACCCUUAGAUUAAAUUGGUGUACUAAAAAACUACAAACAAAUUGUGGAGGUUCAAGCAAAGGGAUAAAGAUGGAGGCAAUAGCAGCAGCUGAAGAGAGAAUAGUUUCAGAAAGAUUGAAACAAAAACUGAACGAAGUUAACACUGCUGCCCAAUCCCAACUCGCUGGCAUUCAAGACCACGUCCAAUUCACUCUCCAGCAAGCUUAUUACAGAUGUGCUUACGAAUGCUUCGACAGGAGAAGAAACCAAGAGGACAUACGGCGCUGUGUGGAGCAUUGCAGUGUUCCUACGCACAAUGCUCAGAAUAUUUUCCAGAAUGAAAUGGCAAGGUUUCAGGAAAGAUUGAACAGGUCUCUAAUGGUCUGCCAAGACAAACACGAGAGUGCCAGAAUCCAGAAGAACAGAAAUGCCACAAUGGAACUGGAAUCAUGUGUUGAUCAGUCGGUUCAAGACAGCAUCAAUGAAUUGCCACAUCUUGUUGCAAAAAUAGAGGGUUCUCUCGGCAUCAACCAUUGAAGAAAAUGUAGCAUUGCGAUUAAUUGAAGAAAUGAGGGUUUUCUUUUUUGUACCUUACUCUUAAUAAAUACUUCUAAAAAGAUGCGAUUCUUUUAUUAAAUGAAUUCCGUUUAGCAGACUAUA